AUGUACACGUUUGUGGUGCGAGAUGAAAACAGCAGCAUCUACGCUGAAGUCUCUAAAAUUCUCCUCUCCACUGGACAAUGGAAGAGGCUCAAAAGAGAUAAUCCCAGAUUCAACCUCAUGUUGGGCGAGAGAAACAGGCUGCCUUUUGGGAGACUGGGUCAUGAACCUGGACUUACACAGUUGGUGAACUACUACAGAGGGGCUGAUAAACUUUGUCGAAAAGCUUCUUUAGUGAGAUUAAUCAAGACAAGUCCUGAAUUGGUGGAGGCUUGCACAUGGUUUCCAGAAUCCUAUGUGAUUUAUCCAACCAAUUUAAAGACACCGGUAGCUCCAGCUGAGAAUGGGCUUCAACAUCUGAUAAACAACACAAGAACAGAUGAAAGAGAAGUCUUUCUGUCAUCCUAUCAGAAGAGGAAAGAGAGUGGAGAAGGAAAUGUAUGGAUAGCCAAAUCUUCAGCAGGAGCCAAAGGUGAAGGAAUUCUUAUUUCUUCAGAGGCUACUGAACUUCUGGAUUUUAUAGAUAAUCAAGGACAAGUGCAUGUGAUUCAAAAAUACCUGGAGAAGCCUAUGCUCUUAGAACCAGGCCAUCGCAAAUUUGAUAUUAGAAGUUGGGUCCUAGUGGAUCACCAGUAUAGUAUCUACCUCUACAGAGAAGGUGUUCUACGGACCUCUUCAGAACCUUACAAUAGUGCUAAUUUCCUGGACAAAACCUGUCAUUUGACCAAUCACUGCAUACAGAAAGAAUAUUCUAAAAACUAUGGGAGAUAUGAAGAAGGGAAUGAAAUGUUUUUUGGAGAGUUUAAUCAGUACCUGGUGGAUACUUUGAACGUUACUUUAGAAAAUACAAUCUUACUGCAAGUCAAAAAUAUAAUAAGAAGCUGCCUUAUGUGUAUAGAACCUGCUAUCAGUACCAAACAUCUUCAUUAUCAGAGUUUCCAGCUCUUUGGUUUUGAUUUCAUGGUGGAUGACGACUUGAAAGUUUGGCUAAUUGAAGUCAAUGGUGCUCCUGCAUGUGCCCAGAAACUUUAUGCAGAGCUUUGUCAAGGGAUUGUGGAUGUAGCCAUCUCUUGCAUCUUUCCUCUGAAUGAUACCAUUCAAAAACAGAACCAACAAUCUGUAUUUAUAAAGUUGUCAUAAUUAAGAUAAAAUGAACACAUUGGAAAGCUUCCACCUGUUUGGAUCCAGGGAAGACCAAGAAACACUGAACA